AUGUUUCGCAAACAUACCGCUUCGACCGAAGGUCUCGCGGAAACGUAUGAUUAUAUUAUUAUUGGAGGUGGCACAGCGGGAUUGACCGUAGCUUGUCGACUCUCAGAAGAUCCAAAUCUUCAAAUUCUCGUUAUCGAGGCGGGAGCAAAUCUUGUGGACGAUCCGAAGAUUCUCACACCGGGCUUGGUUGGAACUUUAUAUGACGAUCCCAUGUACGAUUGGGAGUUUAAAACAGUCCCUCAGGUAACUAAAUCUAGUAGAAAGUAUCGUGAAUGCGCUAAUUUUGGACAGGAAACAUUGUCGGGGCGUUCGAUACCUCAUCCUCGAGGGAAAGUUCUGGGUGGAUCGAGUGUAAUCUACCAGAAUAAGAUCACUUACAACUCGAAAUCGGGAUUUGAUGCUUGGGAGAAAAUGGGCAACCCAGGAUGGAAUUAUGAAUCUAUGCUGCCAUAUCUUCGACGAUUCCAUACAUUUCAUCAACCUACCGGACCCAUUGAAGAAGCGCUUAAAUAUUCUCACGUGGAUGAAGUAUUGAAAGGUGAUGAUGGUCCAAUUCAAACAAGCUUCACUGAUUCUUUCUCGGACACGGAUAAGGAUUUCUACAAAGUUGUUAAGGACUUUGUUAAAAAAGAAAACUACGAUGAGACUUUGGUCGGUGGAUUUGCCUCAUCAGUAUCUAUUGAUCCGAAGACGAGAACACGUAGUUUUGCUGGAUGUGCAUAUUACAACGACGAGGUGGCCUCCCGCCCAAAUCUACGUGUGGUUACCGAAGCAGUUGUUGAUUCUAUUGUGAUUGAAUCUCCUAAUGAUAGACCAAGGGCUUCUGCGGUUUUGUUUCAAUCUGUGGCUCAAUCUUUUAGCUUAUGGCAUGAGGUAUGGGCAAAGCACGAAGUCAUUCUUUGCGCCGGUGCAUUCCAGUCGCCAGCCAUUCUCGAGCGUUCGGGUAUUGGCUCGGCAGAUAUUCUGGAUUCGCAUGGGUAUUACAUAAAUAUUGAUAAUCCUAAUGUUGGAGAGAAUCUACAAGAUCAUGCGGUGGCUGCGGUAUCUUUCGAAGCAGCCGAAGGUGUCCAGACUGCUGAUGUUCUUGGGAGAGAUCCGAAAAUAAUGGAGUCACUCAUCGCCAUGUAUCAACAAGAUCACUCUGGCCCUCUUGGUCAGUUCUUCACAGCCUCCGCAUAUAUGCCUACACCUUCCCUAUUUGGACCUGGCGGCUCGGUAGAAUUAUUGAAAAUUCUUGCCACCUCUUCAUCGGACCCCAAUGACAAACAUCAUGAAGCUGUUGUACGAGAUCUUCUCUCCCAGCCCGAUGGAGCGUCAGCCCAUUACUUCAUGGCCAAAAUUCAAUUCGAUGCCAGCAACGCACCUACAAUUACAGAGCUCAUGACACCCAAGAGACCAGAAAAUUACAUAACUCUCCUCACAAGUCAAAAUCACCCUUUCUCCCGCGGCAGUGUUCACAUCGAUACCCACAAGCGAGAAGUAAGUACAUAUAUGAAGAAUCUCCAAAACCAUAAACCGGCCGUUGAUCCCAGAUAUCUCUCGCAUCCCCUUGAUAUCGAAAUCCUCGCUCGUAAUGUUCAGUUUCUGCACUAUCUCAUUUCUACACCCCCGUUCUCACAGUACUUCAAACAAGAUGGGAAGAGGAUCCCGACAAAUGCUUUCCAUGGCAACAGGGAACCGAGCUUGGAAGAAGCAAAACAGAUUGUGAAGGAUAGUUUGAUAAGUCAUUUUCAUCCGGUGGGCAGCUGCGCCAUGUUGCCGAGAGAUAAAGGGGGUGUGGUUGAUACUGAAUUAAGGGUCUAUGGAGUAGAUAAGCUGAGGGUGGUGGAUGCUAGUAUUUUCCCUUUAAAUGUUAGAGGAAACCCUAUCACAGCCGUCUAUGCGGUGGCGGAGAGGGCUGUGGAUAUUAUUAGGAACUGUCUGAUAGGGAAGGGAGAAUAG